CUUUUAUAAUUAUGACUGAAGGAAACAUUUAUUCUGCAGUUUAUUCAGGCGUACCAGUCUUUGAAAUGAUUGUCAAAGGUGUUGCUGUUAUGCGCAGACGCACCGACGACUAUAUGAACGCAACACAAAUACUUAAAGUAGCCGAUAUUGAAAAAGCAAAACGUACAAAGAUACUCGAAAAAGAAGUGCUCGUAGGCGAACACGAGAAGGUACAAGGUGGAUAUGGCAAAUAUCAAGGCACUUGGAUCCCGUUUAACAAGAGUAAAGAAUUAGCAGAAAGAUAUGGAGUUGUUCCAAUUUUAGCUCCUUUGCUUAAUUUUGAGCUGGAUCCUGCGUCUAUUCAAGAACGAUCAGCUAAUGAAACACAUACUCACUCUUCUUCAAAUACGUUUGUUGAACCAAAGCGUGAAGACGCACCUUCUCAACAACGCAAUUAUUCACCUUCUUUGGAAGAUGCUCUUCCACCACAUAAGAAGGCCAAGACAACGUCCAAUGAACAAGAACUUUUUCAACCAUCAUCCAGCAGCAGCCAGCACACAACUAACGAGCCUACUUCUGCAGAUCACAACCGUAGUGUCUUGAUGUCUAUAUUUUUAUCCGAUAAACCUGAUCAAAUCAAUGAUUUUUUGAACCAAUCGCACGGAAAAGACAAUUUCAGUAUUGAUAUGGUUAUAGAUGAACAAGGAAACACGGCCCUGCAUUGGGCUACCUCGCUUGCUCGUAUCAAUACUGUAGAAUUGCUCGCCUCUAAAGGUGCUAAUAUUGCCUGUACCAACUACGCAGGAGAAACACCUCUUAUGCGUAGUGUCAUGGUAACCAACAAUUAUGAUGCACAGAGUUUCCCCAGAGUUUUUGAUUUGCUUAAAGAGACGGCAACAUUUACUGACAACAAGAAGCGUACAGUACUGCAUCAUGCUGCCUUGACUGGUAGUAUUCAAGGACGUAUCAAUGCUGCUGUCUAUUAUAUGGAAAUUUUGGUCGCAAAUGAUCUAUGCAAACCUGUCCUAAAUACUCAGGACGCACUCGGUGAUACUGCUCUUACCAUCGCAGCAAGACUAGACGGUGCUGCUCUUGUAGAUGCCUUAGUAAGAGCAGGUGCAGUUCAAAACACACAGAAUCAUGCUGGCCUUGAUGUACAAGAUUACAAAACUGAAAAUAAUGAGGAUUCCACAAUGGAAGAAGCCUCAAAUUCUCAAUCCCAGCGUGUUUUUGCUACCUCAUCUUUGUAUUCUAAAAAGCCUUAUGCUCCUAGCCAAAGAGGAAAAGAAAUUGUGGCUACUGUUCAAAAGAUUGUAGAUGCUCUAGAUGAAGAAUAUGGUAGUCAGUUAACUGCUAAAGAACAUGAAUUACAGUCAGUUCAAGAGGAUUUAAAUGCUGUCACUCAAGAACUUGAAAAGACACGAAAGAGUCUAGAAGAACGCCAAGCUGAAUCGCAGCGAUUAUCAGAAGCUCAGCAAAAGACUCGUAAUCUUGAACACGCUCUCCAAACAGGCUGGCAGCGACUUGAAAGCCUUAUGCAAGCUUCUAGCAAGCCCAUGCCAACCCAAGCCGAUCUUGAACAAUUUGAUGAGAACGAGGACAUUGAUGCUUACUUUAAUAUACCCGAUUUGCAAUUCUCAGACACAAUAGAUGAAGAAGAAAAGAAGCGUCAAUUAAAAGAACAUAUUAAGCAUAUCAGAGCUAAAGUCAGGGCAUAUGAAGCCAAUAAUAAUGCCCUUGAUGAUGAAAUCAACGAGUUGGAGCAUCAAUUUACUGAGAAAGAAAUGCAAUGCAAGCGUCUGAUUGCCGCUUGUUGUAAUCUGCCUAUUGACAAAAUUGACGAUUUGGUAGAACCAUUAACAUUGGCAAUUGAAAGUGAUCCUCCAGAUCUUGAUUUAGCUCGUGUGAUUGGAUUUAUGGACAAGAUUCGAAGACAAGGUGCCUUUACUGAACCACCGAUUGUUACAAAUCAUACAAAGCCUACAAAGAACACUGUAGAUUCGCCGCAUUGAGCACUAUGUAUAUGAUAUUAAAACAUCCAUGCUUAAUUUGAUUUU